AUGGCUCUCGAACCUCUGUCAACGGCAGACGUGUUCGUGCUCACCUUCAACGCCCAGAAGCAACUCAUCAACGUGCCCGUCUUUGCCACGCACCUGCUCGAUGCAUUCACCCACCAUGCAGCGGCCCUCCCAGAUCUCGUCGUCUUCUCCCUCCAGGAGAUGGCGCCUCUAGCCAAGGCCUUUGUAGGCACGCAGCUUCUGGGCCCUUACUUUGACGCCUAUGAGACGGCUCUGAACCGAGCUGCCGCGAAAUACAUGGGCCAAAAUACCAAGAAUACCACCAGUGACAGCGCAGAGGGAUCGCCGUUUUCCCUCAUCGCCACCCGCAAUGUGGGCAUGACAGCGUCGAUAGUCUUCGCCCGUGACGCUGCCACCGUGAGCAGCGUCCGCGCGGCAGAGGUCGGGUUCGGCGCUGGAGACAUGGCGAACAAAGGCGCCGUCGGGCUGCGGCUCCUGUACACCUCCCCGCGCGGCGGGGGCGGCGAUGGUGACGGCAGGACAGAGAUAACCUUUGUGACGACACAUCUUGCGGCCAUGGAGUGGAAUCUGGCGAAGCGCAACAAGAACUGGGCGAGCCUCGUGUCCGGGCUCGUCUUCGAGGAUCCCCAGAAGUACGUUGACCGGGCGGCCGCGCGGUCAAGGGACAGUGGUGCCGCCAGUAGGGUGCGAGGUGCCGAGGGCGGUUUUGGGCUAGCCGACGAGUCCAGGGGCCUGCUCGAAGGGGAUCGUUCUGAGCUCGACAGGGACCUGCACAAUCUGAGCAUCUACAAGCCCGGGUCGCACCUGUUUGUCGCUGGCGACCUGAACUACCGCAUCUCGACCACGUCCCCGGAAUCAGAGGACGUGUUCCCAAGCGUGGACCCAAACAGCCCAGACUACUAUCCCAAGUUCCUGGAUCGCGACCAGCUGACGCAGGAGAGAAAGGCCGGCCGCACGCUGCAUGGCAUGAGCGAGGCGGACAUCAAGUUCCCUCCGACAUACAAGCUCGUGUGUCUGCCCAAGGACGACGAGAGCACAGACUCCUCCGCCGAGCAAGCCGGCAGCAGCAGCAGCAAGGACUUCCAGGUCGACGACGUAAAGUGGAAGUGGGCUCUCCACCGCUGGCCGGGCUGGUGCGAUCGGAUCCUCUACCGGGACACACCGCAGACCAAGAUGCGCGUCAUCGCCUACGACGCACUGCCGCCGAUCCGCACGAGCGACCACAGGCCGGUGUACCUGCGCAUCCAGGUGCCCCUUAUCGCCCCGGAGACCCUCGGCGCGAUCCCCGACGCCAUAGAGGACGACAGCGGCGUGCUGGACACGCGCGUGGCGCUCCCCUUCCCCGUCGACCUCGACAGCUGGCGGCACCGGGCGAGCGUCAAGAAGUGGGAGUCGGCGAUGGGCUGGUCGCUGCUGGCCGCGCAGUCGAAGCAGAUCAUCGCCAGCGUGUUGGCCACGUUGUUGCUUGUUGGUGUCGGGGCGUGGUGGUAUACUGCGAUGUCCUCAGUGGUGUGA